AUGGACGGCGAAGACUUUAGGGUCCAAGGAAAAGAGGUUAUCGACUACAUAGUCGACUAUCUGGAAAACAUAAGAAAUAGGAGAGUUUUUCCCGACAAAAAACCUGGGUUUAUACGCGACCUGAUCCCCGAAGCAGCCCCCUUGAAGGGGGAGCAGUGGAGCGACAUAUUUAAGGACAUGGAAACCGUUAUUAUGCCGGGGACUACCCACUGGCAGAGCCCCCAUAUGCACGCUUACUUUCCGGCACUCAAUAGUUACCCUUCCAUGCUGGGCGAAAUGCUCACCAAUGCCAUCAAUUGCGUAGGGUUUACUUGGGCUUCUAGUCCCGUUUGUACCGAACUGGAAAUGGUGGUGAUGAAUUGGCUUGGGAAAAUGAUUGGUUUGCCGGAAGAGUUUCUCCAUAGGAAAGGAGGAGAUGGUGGAGGAGUGAUACAGACUACUGCCAGUGAAUGCACGCUAAUAAGUUUGCUAGCCGGCAGAUACGUGGCCAUAAAAAUGUAUGAAAGUUUGUACCCGGGGGCCAGUAAACACGAAAUUAAUGGAAAACUUGUCGCCUAUUGUUCCGACCAAGCCCACUCGAGCGUUGAAAAGGCCGCGCUGAUUGGUCUGGUUACCUUGAGAUACGUGGAAAGUGACGAAAAUUAUUCGAUGACUGGCGCGAAUUUGUUAAAGACGAUAAAAAAGGACAGGGAAAAUGGAUUAAUCCCGUUUUGGGUAUGCGCUACUUUGGGUACCACAGGUUCUUGCGCGUUCGACAAUUUGGAGGAGAUAAGCGAGGUGUGCUACAACGAACUGGUCUGGUGUCAUGUAGAUGCCGCGUAUGCCGGAUCUGCAUUCAUAUGUCCUGAGUUCAGAGUGUGGCUGAAGGGUAUCGAUAAGGCAAACUCCAUCGCUUUCAACCCAUCUAAAUGGCUUAUGGUACAUUUCGACUGUACUGCGAUGUGGGUGAAAAACAGCAGCGCACUUCACGGAGCUUUCAACGUAAACCCUUUAUAUUUAACCCACGAAUAUUCAGGUCUCGCAAUUGAUUAUAUGCAUUGGCAAAUUCCUUUGAGCAAAAGAUUUCGCUCGUUGAAGUUGUGGUUCGUCAUCCGAAACUACGGCAUCACGGGACUCCAAGAACACAUUAGAAAGGGUGUACACUUGGCGGAAAAAUUCGAACAAUUCGUUAAGAACGACACCCGAUUUGAAAUUCCGUCCAAAAGGCAUCUGGGCCUGGUAGUUUUUAGACUUAAGGGGGAUAACGUCAUCACCGAAACCUUGUGCAAAAGAUUGAACUCGAGAGGUAACAUCCACUGCGUGCCGGCUAGCUUAAAGGGAAAAUACGUGAUACGUUUUACCGUUACGUCACCGAGGACAACUCUUGAAGAUAUAGUAAAGGAUUGGAAGGAGAUAGUUUUCGUUACGAAUGACAUUCUUCAAGACAGCAAGACCAAGAGGACCAAAGUCCCAUUAGGAGAAACCCGCCAGAACGAGAAUUUUGGGUCAAGUUUGCUGUUAUCUAACGUUCCCAUGUCUCCGAAGAUAGUUAACGCUUCUUUUGCGGCUAUUUACGACCAAGGCGACGUUUUGGAGCAGUUCUCGAAAACCGUAACUCUAAGAAAAGGUGCCCAAGACAGCCCAGCCAUGCGAAGGAGAAUCAAGGGCAUUUUGAUGUCGGGAAAGCAGUUUUCUCUGGAUUCAAGGCUCGACCUCUUUCACGGCAUCGAGACUACUCCAACUAGUUCUGCAAAGACACCCGAUAACAAGAUGCCGUUACUUGAAGAUUCUAUCGAAUUGGAUGAUCCAACCAGCAGUCCUCCAGAAUACGAUAGCGAGUAUCAGUCGUCGACAGACGACUGUCUUAACAUUCCACAGUCGCGUCACACACGAUCAAAGUCAGUUGAUCACCAAACGAAUCUGACGAUCAACAACUGUUUGGACGUCAACAACAUCUGCAACAAGUGCGGUCACAAGGUUCCGACGCCCUUGCAGAUUCCGGAGGAAAAAAAAUGAAAAAGUGCUGCUGCAG